AUCUGACCUUCGACCCGGAAGGAAUCACGCCGGGCCAUGGGAGCUCGGAAAGGGGCUCCGAUUGUGUAAACAGAGAGCCGCAGUGGCGAAUGUUUCAUCGCAAAGUUAACAUUCAUUAACCUGGCCAUCGUGCCCCGUUGUUGGAGUAUGAGGUUACAGAACAAGCUCUACGGAAAGUGAGUUGCAAAAAUGUCGAUGGAGGAUCCGUUUUUCGUCGUGAAGGGGGAGGUGCAGAAGGCUGUGAAUACAGCCCAAGGGCUGCACCAGCGAUGGACUGAGCUAUUGCAGGACCCUUCCGCUGCCACCAAGGAAGAGGUUGACUGGACCACUAAUGAGCUGCGAAACAGUCUGAGGUCUAUCGAGUGGGACCUGGAAGACCUGGAUGAGACCAUCAGCAUUGUUGAGGCAAAUCCCAGGAAGUUCAACCUGGAUUCCUUGGAGCUCAGCAAACGGAAAGCCUUCAUCACAAGCACCCGGCAGACAGUGAAGGACAUGAAGGACAGCAUGUCUAGUCCAAGGGCCCAAGCGAUGUCGGAGAAAAAGGGCAGGCAGACCUUGCUCGGGGAUGGCAAUUCUCAAGGGCCACAGUGGCAGCCGGGGCCAGACAAAUACAGCCGGCUGGACCGCGAACUGCAGACCGCCAACUCGCAGUUCAUUGAGGAGCAACACACGCAGCAGCAGAUGAUCGCCGAGCAGCAGGACGAGCAGCUGGAGCUGGUGUCCGGCAGCAUCGGGGUCCUGAAGAACAUGUCGCAGCGGAUCGGCCAGGAGCUGGACGAGCAGGCAGUGAUGCUCGAUGACUUCUCCCAUGAGAUGGAGAACACUCAGUCACGGCUGGACAACGUCAUGAAGAAGCUGGCUAAGGUUUCUCACAUGACCAGCGACAGGAGGCAGUGGUGUGCUAUCGGCAUUCUCCUGGCCAUUCUCUUCGUGAUCCUCAUCCUCUUCUAUGCUCUGUGACGACAAGCCCACUCCCCCCUUCCCCGCCACUAACCACGCUGCUCCCUGGCACAGUCCCAGCCCUCUCCCUUCCCAGUUUGCUGUUGGGUUCACCAUGUCAGGACUGGGAAGAGAGAUUUUUCACCUGCCUUCCAAUUGGGUAGAAUGGCACCUCCAGAUUCUUUCAUGCGACACGGUUUCACGUUGAAAAAUGCUUUUUUUUUUUUAUAAAAAAAAAAAAAAACACCCUGGAUCCCAUUGACAUCACAAUCUGCUUGUGGGAUAGUUUGGCUUUGUCCCAGGGGGGCUCUGCCUAGUCCCACCCACUGCAGUGCUACAAGGUCAAACCCCCCCCCCCCCCCUGCCCCUUUACAGUGACAAGCUGAGCUGUGUGUCUCUGUCAGGCUUGUGGGCCAGCAGCUAUGUAACAUUUCCAGGCAAGUCUCUAACAUUUUCUGCAGGUGGCCCAUGAAAGCCAUUUUAAAAACCUUUUUGAAUUUGUGUUUGUUCACAGGGUGGCUUUCUUAGGCAGUCUUACCUUUCAGUUCUGAAAAUGUGUGACUCCGGGUUCGAUUGGCAGAGGGGAAUAGCACGCAGCUGCCUGUCUCCAUGGAGAUGCGGCAUUCCGAACCCUCCCCUGUGGCCUGUCUGUCUUCCUGAUGCACCGUAAUCCCAGCUCUGGAAGACGGUGGGGAGCCGGGCGUGUGCGUGUGCGUGUGAGUGUGUGUGCGUGUGCGUGUGCGUGUGCGUGUGCGCGUGUGCGUGUGUGUGCACGCGUGCGCAUACGUGUGCCUGUCAGCGCUGGGAUGUUUGACAGGAUUAUGUCACCGUCACUGAGCAGGUGAAUCACUAACCUCAUUAACACUCGACUUCUGGAGUGUUUGGCCUCCAGUUGCUAGAAAUGGUCUAAUGCACAGAAGAAGCGUAUGAAAUAUGCUGAGCAUAAAACUGAGAAACUGCGUUUGUUCUUCAAGAGUAUUACUACUGCUUGGGCUGAUAUAGGCUGUCAUGGGGAAUUCAAUAACACUGAUGAGGACAGUCCGCUGUGACCUUGGUUUCACGCUGAUUCACCUCUGGAACUUGCUGGUCAUGACCAGCAGGAAAUGUUAUAUCUUAAUGACUGUAUGGUGGUCUGUCCCCUAACAAGUGUCCACAUAGUGUGCCGUGAUUGAGGACCAGUCAGUAAUACAUCAUAUGACAAGUAGGUGGCGCUGAUGCUGGGUUUGGGCCUUCACUGGGUAUCUGUUCUUCCCCUGCUUAUGUGGACUUUCAGACCAGGUGUCUCUCCUGUGGCCAUAGCUUGUAGUUCUGUGUUUGAUUGUCUGCCCUGCAAUGGACUGGCAUCCCAAGCUGGAUAUACAAAAACACUCUGCUUUUUUUUUUUAGAAGAACCAGGGCUUGCAGAUCAACACAGUGUUUGCGGACAUUGGGGGUGGGGGGGGGGGGGGGCCUCAGGUGUGGUGCCUCCUGUCUCCUGCAGGGGGAGAUGCACAGGGGAGCCACACUGUUCGGCCCUUAUCCCCCGAGCUUGCGGCACCACCCAAGUGCAGCUGGGGCUUCAUCGGCGUCAUGGCUGUGGUCCGUGGGGAUCACGGGGUAACACUGCGUAGGGGACAGAGAGCGUGUGAGUUUACACCCUGAUCUGAUCUCGCUAAGGAGAUGCUUUCUGAUGGGUAAAAUCAGCCACUCUCUCUGCUGCCUGUCCUCGACAUAAAGCCACUUUAACUAAGUGUGACAGUGUGUCAACCUGCUGAUCUAUUUGUUUGUGCUUUUUUUGUUGUUUUUGGUUGAUUUCUCUCUUUUUAACUUUGUAAUCUGUGUUUUAAAAUUGUUUCCAAGCUCCCGAUGUGCCCUGUUGCUUUUCCCAUUACGGAAAGAGGUUAUUUUUACAAGGAAAUAUGAUGAUGAAAAUGUCUUGGAGUUGGUGACUUUUUUGUAAAUAUGAGACUGAUGAUGGAUCAUGAGGUAAAAUAAUAUUUGGACAUCAGCCGUAAUGUCAGAGGGGCGUCAUUGUUGACUGAGUUGAACACUUUUGUUGUUCGUCUAGUGUGCCGUUGACGAAUGAGGACAUGAGCAAACGAGCAUUCCAUCUGUCGUUAGGGCUCCUGUUUGUGUUUUUGUGUUUGUGUGUGUGUGUGUGUGUGUGUGUGUGCACAGUUCUUCCAGCCAUUUGUUUCUGAAACCCUUUGACCUCUGGAUCAUGUGUCUAGUUGAUCACAAGGUCUGACUUCUGAAAAUUGCUGCAGUUGUCAUCAUUAAAGUGUUUUGCCCUUCUGA